UUGGGCUCCAUGCGCCAUUUUAGCGCGUCCACCGCCAUCCGGCAAGAUGGUCUCUCUGCUUUGUCUCCGUUGACUGGAGUUGUUACGCUUAUUCUGAGACUUCUCUCGCUUUUCCUCGCCGUCGAACAUCGCUUCGGCAGACAGAGCUGGAUCGCCCUCGCCGAGAACAACCCUCGUCUUUGUGUUUCGAGAAAUGACGACCGCAAACACCAAGUAAAAUGAGUCUGCCUGUUCCUGAAACCAACCAAGACCAAAUGGCAGAAAAUGCAGAGGAGCCAAGUAGCUCAGCACAGACAACAAAUACCUCCUCUACUCGUAAUAAGAGGACGUCCACUACUGUAGCUAAGCACACUGGACUGAAUGACACCUCAGAUGACAGUGACAAUGAAGGGGAUGCUUCUGACAGUCCUUCAGACAGUAAUGCAGGCACUGCAUCCAAAGGUACUCUAGUGUUGAGGCCUGCAGGGAGUGAAAAUAAAGGAACUGUGAAGUUCAGAGUGGAUUACAAACAGAAACAAACAGAUGAUACCCUGCAAAGGAAGGUCAGCUGCACAGCCUGUGGAAAGCAAGUCAACCAGUUUCAGCGCAGCUCUGUAUAUGAGCAUCCUGCCCUUAAAGUUCUUAUUUGCAAGGCAUGCUACAAAUAUUACACCAGUGAUGACAUCAGUAGAGACUCUGAUGGAAUGGAUGAGCAGUGCAGGUGGUGUGCAGAGGGUGGCAAGCUUAUCUGCUGCGACUACUGCAGUAACGCUUUCUGCAAGAAAUGCAUCCUGCGAAACCUGGGCAGAAGAGAGUUGUCGUCCAUCACCGAUGAGAACUCCAAGUGGCACUGCUACGUGUGCAAGUCCGAACCCCUUCAGGACCUGCACUCUAAGUGCCAGAGCGUCAUGGCAAAGAUCGACCACGAGAAAACUAAGCACCGCAAAACCAGCAAAGGCGAAGAACGGGAGAACAAGACGCACAACAAGAGCAGUGCGGUCAAAGUGCACAAAGCGGUUGUUAACGGGAAGGAAAAUUCCGCAGACUCAGGGACUCUAACGUUCUCUUACAAAAAACUGCAGAUACCCAAAGAACUUUUCAAGAAAACAAAAAAACUGGUUGAAACCACAACUGGUUUGAAUAAUACAUUCAUCCAGUUUGUCCAGCAGGCGGCUGCGGAGCAUGAUGAUAAGUCUGUCCGGUACAGGCAUUUGAAAGCAUUCAAGGCGGUACUUGCCGAUUUGAAAAAAGCCCACAGUGCUUUGGAGGAGGCUUUGGAGCCCGAGUUCAAAAAUAUGGAGUUACAGAAUGGUGAGAAAGGGCAGCAACAAGUGAGAAAAAGCACGAAUGCCACGCCGCAACCUGUUGUGGCCGAGGAGGAAAAUGAGCAGGAGGACGAGGUGGAUGCAGCUGAGGAGUCGAAUGACAUGCAACAAGAAGAUCCGAGUGAGGAGCCAGUGGUGGAGCCCAGUGAGAAGCACCACAAGAAGCCGCAGCAGGGACGUGAUGCGAUGCACCAGAAGGAGGAACAAUCUGGCACGGUGCAUAACAAGCAGGAAGGUAUGCAACAAGAUAUACCAGUCGACAAAAACAGUCAAACUGACGACACGGCCAAAAAUACAUUGAAAACCGAAGAUGAAGAAAUUCCCCUCGAUCAUGACAUUAUGUCCGUCCCUCCUUCAGUUCCUGAGGAGCUUUUUCAGAUGGUGGAGAGCCUCGCAGACCCCACGCUGCUGCCGCAGACCGAUCCCGCUUCGGCCGCAGACAACGAUGCGAAAGCAAACGGAAGCUCGGCGCGUUCCCGUCGCUCUCAACCGAAGGUGAAGAACCUCAUCGUGAAACUGACCCCAGUGCCGGUUGUGACGACAAUUCGGACCAAAAACCAAGCACAAGACAAGGAAGAUGGAGUUUCUGAUGCAGAAGACGAACCCGCCAGCCCGCCACCCGGACGGCCCUCCAGCAGAGUGAAGACCACUCCGUUGAGGAAGCAGGCUGAAAAUUCCAGUCAAGAAGACUCCUCCGAGGAAGAGCGGGAGUCCGAUAAAGAAAGUAAGGGUGAGUCGGAGUCGUCCAAGAAAAAUGACAAGAAGCAGAGCAAAACUUUGUCGCCAAGUAAGACGGAAGACUCUGACUCGGAUGAGGUUCCUGAAGUUCUGCUGGAAAAGGUGGCGGAAUGCGAGAGCAGCGACGAGGAGAAGGAAAGCUCCAAUUCGAAAACGCGUGCCGACAGAGCAUCCAAACGCAAGAGGAAGCCCGAAGCCUCCGAUUCGGACGCGGAAAGUAAAAGCAAGAAGCUUCCCAAGAAGAAAAAACCGACAUCGUCAGACACUUCCGACUCCGAUCAAGACCAAGUGAGCACAGCAAAGAGACGAUCGAGCCGUGUGACAAAACGAGACAAAGCAAAGGAUGAAGACAAACCCGAGAAAAAGGCCGCCGCCGGGAAAAGAUCUUACGAGAAGAAACGUAAAGGAAGGAGCUCCAAACAGACUUCCAUGCUGCCGUUGUCCUCGAGCGAAGACGAGGAUGAAGAGCAGCAAGCCGAUGGCGACUCUGGCGAGGACAGCGAUCAGCAGAAGAUCAAACCUCUGGUGGAGGACCGUGUGCUGGAAGGCGGUGGAAACUUCCAUCAGUCAUCAGGAGAUGAAAUGCCUGGCAAAGAGGAAACCUCUCAGAUGGAGGAAGAUUACGAUGACGAUCCUGAGAACAGAAUCGCAAAGAAAAUGCUUCUGGCCCAGAUUAAGUCCAACCUUUCUUCUGGAGCAGAAAGCUCUUCUGAAAAUGAAGUAGAGGAAGUCAAAGAGAAAUUAUCCAAAAAAGUUAAAAACAAAAAUGAUGACCAAGAAGAUGAGGAUUCCCAAGACUCAGGCUCUGAUGUGGAGGUAAAGAAGCAUGGCCGUCGCCACAAGUUGCUUCGUCACAAGCUGACGCUCAGUGAAGCCGAGUCGGGUGAUGACAAAGAAGCCAGUGAAGGGAAGCCUAGCAAGGGGGGCAAGAAAAAGAAAGAAAAGAAGAAAGCAGUGGACAGCGACGACUCCGCUGAUUCUGACUUCAAGAAGUCGUCUUCUAGUGCCAAAUCAGAGAUAAGCGAGGAACUCAGUGAAUCUGACAAUGACGGGAAGCGUCGAAAGACCAGAUCUGCGAAAAAGAAGGACGACGAGAAGCAGAAGGGUUCAAAGCAGCAGAAAAAGAAGAGGCGCAGGAUCAAAGUACAGGAUUCCUCCAGCAAUGAGAAGAGUGGAGAGGAUGAUGACGACCCAGAUGGAGAGGAACGCAAAGGCCGCAAAAAGAUCCGCAAAAUCCUGAAGGAUGACAAACUGCGGACAGAGACACGAGACGCCCUCAAAGAAGAGGAGGAGAGGAGGAAGCGCAUAGCAGAAAGAGAGGAACUGAGGAAGAAACUCAGAGAGACAAUAGUGGUAGAGGAGUCGUCUCAGGUGGUCUGUCCCAUCACUACCAAGCUGGUUCUGGAUGAAAACGAAGAGACCAAGGAGCCACUGGUGCAGGUCCACAGAAACCUUGUCACCAAGCUCAAACCUCACCAGGUUGACGGGGUGCAAUUCAUGUGGGACUGCUGCUGUGAGUCUGUGAAGAAGAUCGAGAAGUCUCACGGGUCUGGCUGCAUCCUUGCACACUGUAUGGGUCUAGGAAAAACACUGCAGGUGGUGACAUUCCUUCAUACUCUGCUCCUUUGUGAGAAGCUCAACUUUUCAACUGCCCUGGUGGUUUGUCCCCUAAACACAGUCCUUAAUUGGGUCAACGAGUUUGAGAAAUGGCAGGAGGGAAUGAAAGACGAUGAGUGUUUAGAGGUGACGGAGCUGGCCACAGUAAAGAGGCCGCAGGAGCGAGCGGUCGCCCUCCAGCAAUGGCAAGAUAUGGGCGGUAUUUUAAUUAUUGGCUACGAGAUGUACCGAAACCUGACACAGGGCAGGAACAUCAAGAGCAAGAAGCUGAAGGAAACAUUCCAGAAGACUCUGGUUGAUCCAGGUCCGGACUUGGUGAUCUGUGACGAAGGUCACAUCCUGAAGAAUGAGGCGUCAGCUGUGUCCAAAGCCAUGAACUCCAUCAGGACGAGGAGGAGAGUUGUGCUAACUGGAACGCCUCUUCAGAAUAACCUUAUUGAAUACCACUGCAUGGUGAACUUCAUCAAGGAGAACCUGCUCGGGUCAGUUAAAGAGUUCCGCAAUCGCUUCAUCAAUCCCAUUCAGAACGGGCAGUGUGCCGACUCCACAAUGCAAGAUGUCCGUAUCAUGAAGAAGAGGGCUCACAUCCUGUACGAGAUGUUGGCCGGAUGUGUUCAGAGGAAAGAUUACACUGCGCUCACCAAGUUCCUGCCCCCCAAGCAUGAGUACGUGUUGUCCAUCAGAGUUACUCCAAUCCAGUGUAAACUCUACAAAUACUACCUGGAGCACUUCACUGGUGUGGGGAAGGCUUUGGAGGGGAGCCGGGGCCGCGCAGGGACCAAACUCUUCCAGGAUUUCCAGAUGCUCAGCAGGAUCUGGACCCAUCCUUGGUGCCUUCAGCUGGAUUACAUCAGUAAAGAAAACAGGGGUUUCUUUGACGAGGACAGCAUGGAAGAAUUCAUCGCUUCAGAAACUGACGAAUCCUCCAUGAGUCUGAGCUCAGAGGAUGAAAAGCAAAAAAAGAAAAAGAAGAAAGGCAAGGGAAGAAAGAAGGGAUCUGAUGACUCUGAUAGCGAUGAUGUGGAAGUCAUCAAGGAGUGGAACACCAGCUCUCGGGGCAGGAAUGGAGAGGGGCGAAACAGGGCCGAGGUUGUAGAGGAGCAAGCUCAGUCCUCUGGCUCGGCACCAGGGAGCCCCACCGCCGACUGGCACAAGGAGUUUGUCACCGAGGCUGACGCCGAAAUCUUGGAGCACUCCGGGAAAAUUAUGAUCCUCUUCGAGAUCCUCCGCAUGGCAGAGGAAGUGGAAGAUAAAGUGUUGGUGUUCAGUCAGUCUCUUAUCUCUCUGGACCUGAUAGAGGAUUUCCUGGAGCUGGCUUGCAGAGCUGCAGAUGAGGACAAGGUCUCGCCAUACAAAGGUGAAGGCAAGUGGUUCAGGAAUAUUGACUACUAUCGUCUGGAUGGCUCAACCAACGCCACCACCAGGAAGAAGUGGGCAGAGGAGUUUAAUGACUCCAGCAACACAAGGGGUCGUUUGUUCCUCAUUUCAACACGAGCCGGCUCCCUUGGCAUCAACCUGGUGGCGGCCAACAGGGUCAUCAUCUUUGACGCCUCCUGGAAUCCUUCAUAUGACAUCCAGAGUAUAUUCAGGGUGUAUCGCUUCGGCCAGCUGAAGACAGUCUUUGUCUACAGGUUCUUGGCACAGGGCACAAUGGAAGAGAAGAUUUAUGACCGGCAGGUGACCAAACAGUCUCUGUCAUUCCGUGUGGUGGACCAGCAGCAGAUUGAAAGGCACUUUACCAUGAAUGAGCUGGCAGAGCUCUAUACCUUUGAACCGGAUAUGCUGGACGAUCCCUCAGAGAAGAAGAGCAAGAAAGCCACGCCGAUGCUCCCCAAGGAUCCCUUCCUGGCUGAACUUCUGCAGAGCCACAAGGACCAGAUUAUGUGCUAUCAUGAACACGACUCCCUGUUGGACCACAAGGAGGAGGAGGCCCUGAGCGAGGAGGAUCGCAAAGCGGCCUGGGCUGAGUACGAAGCGGAGAAGAAGGGUCUGACUAUGAGGACCAACUAUCAGGCAUCAUACCCCCAAAUGGGCGCCUCCAUUUUCUCCCACUACAACAUGGCGGCUUUGGCCACCAUGACCAACCAGCAGCUGGAGGAUCUUAUCAACCAAGGGCGGCAGAAGGUCAUCGAAGCAACACAUGCAUUGAAGAAUUUACAACGGGACUCACUGGAAGAUACCAUCAGCCUAAUAUGGAAUGAGAACCCAGCUCUUACUGAGAGUCAGGUCCAGUCCUUGGCUCUGGGACGAAUGGCCACCGUGGAGAUGGAGGUGAAACGCAGAGAAGCUGUUUACAGAGAAACUCUCACCAUGCAGCAGUCGCUGAUGAUGUACGUCCAGAAGGUGAUCAACAACAGGAAGGUCCACGAGCAGCAGCUGGCCAUGGCCAACCAGACCAACCUCCUCAACAUGGCGCUGCAGAACGGCAUGCUGGGAGGCAGCAGGCUCAACCAAAUGGACCUGCUGGGUCUCUACCAGCAGCUUCACGGAGUCAACCCCGCUGCCAUGGGCAAGAAUCCCGGACCCUCUAAGGGUCUGUAGGUGACACCGCCGCUCCACCCGCCAAGGCGUUCCCAGCAAACGAAACGAGCGGAACCUCGCUUCUGCAUAACCGAUGCAGCACGAGACCACAAAGUGGAAUCUCCACUUAAGUCCUUCGUCCACUGGCAGCCGGUGCAACUCCAUGUAAAAAGUACUGUUUGAAAGGAGUCUAUCGGGGAAACUCGACGUAAAUAGAAAUGUAUAUACGGCCUUAAUGUUAUUCAACUUCUAUAUCUUCAUUUUUCAUGUAUUUAAAUUGUUUUAGCAAAAGCAACGCUUUCCGGUGUUGCGUUGUCCCCCCCACCCCCCUUAAAAGAGGGUUUCAUCAAUUUUUAUACACUUUUAAAACCCUACUUAACCCAAGUGGGACCAGUGUGGUUGGCGACACAAAUGAUCUUUCCCGCCAGUAGAUUAACUCCACCAAUCAGGUGCUAAAUGUGGCAUCUUUGGGGAAUAAGUAGAAAAAACGGCAAAAAAAAUUAAAAAAAAAUAUGAAAAUAUGAGUGAUGGCCUUACAGUAUAAAAGUUUGCUAAAAGGUGACAUUUGUUUUUUAUUAGGCGUCGAAUUGUUCAUAUUAAAACAUGGCUGGUAUUGCAAUGCUUGUUGUUCAAAUCUGCCUGCUGGUCCAUGUGACCUUUUUUUUUUGUUUUGUUUUUUUUGUAACGUCAUUCUCACUGUUACUGUGAUGUCUAGCAUAGCACUGUGUGUCCUGUUCAUUGUUUUAUGUUCCACUUGUGUCGGUCCCAUACCCCCCCCCUCAGUGGGUGGGUGUGUCGGUGACUGGGUCUCACAAAGCACAAACCGGUCCAGCUGACCCCACAAGGGGGGGCACAAAUGGAGUUCGGAGGUGUGUGUGUUUUCAAACCCCCCCGGUUGGCUUGUAUCGUCUGCUUUGUGACACCUCGGUUUCACCCGGCGGGUCGUUAGGACAACGUGGUGGUUGUUCUUCUCUGCUUUUAAAGUCCUCCAAUCGGAGAAGCCUGUCGUCUCUCCAUUGGCUCACGUGUUUGCACAAAGGUGUAUUUCAUACAAGUGUAGUUUUCGCCCUCUUCAGAAUGUUAUUACGUUAGCAAAUACACCACAAUUUGCCACCAAUUUAAUCUGCUACUAUCUUGUUAAGUAUUUAAUAUAACAUUUAAUAAAGUGACCAAAAGGAUGAACAACUCCUUGUCUUUGACUUUUUAUUGUUCAUGUACGCUCCUUCUUGAAAUGGGC